CUAACAUUUCAUCUUGGUUGGUAACUCGGCAAUAUUUCAUUCCACCUGGUCUAGUGUUCGAUUCUCCCCCUUUUCUUCUUUUCCACCAUUUUUGUCCCAUUUCCGUUCAUCGUCGUCUUCAACCUCGAGCUCAUGAAGAAUCAGGAUUCAUCUCCUCCACGCAGAAAGGUUAAAUUCGCUCCAAAAUCCUCACAGCGCAGGAGGCCGCCACCACCUCCAGUUCAGAAAACUGAAGAUGAAGAUGGUGAGGGUUAUGUUGCUCAAACUCGCUACCUGUUACGCCGUGCCAAUGAGAAUCUCGGAAAACGAGCGAACAAGGUCGAAAAAAAAUCUUCAGUGCAAGUUGCAUUCGGUCCUGGUGCUGAAUCAACGUCAUCUUCUAUUAGAACAUAUGGAGUUCCCAAAGUAGAAAACGGUAGCAGAAAAAAUGACAUUGAGCCUGAAGUUGAUGAAGAUGAGGAGUUUGUCUUGCCAGUGGCUAUGGAUGUUAACGAAGAUGGAAAAUUUUUUGAUAAAAAAACUAAAGAUGGAAUAGCUGAAUCCUCUAGUUCGGCUAUGGUAACCAAGACCAAGAGGGAUUACAAAGAACCUUGGGAUUACCAAAAUUCUUACUAUCCUACUACACUCCCUUUACGGAUGCCUUACUCUGGAGACCCUGAACGACUUGAUGAAGCUGAGUUCGGGCAGGAUGCGAUGAAUAGAGAGUAUGACGAGAACUCUGUAAUACCUGCCUUGGAUCUCGGGUUGCAGGAUGAAAACACAGAGAAUACUAAGUACUUCUUUCAGCUUCCUGCACGUCUUCCUUUACCCAAACAAUCGUCUACUGCAACGGGAAAGGAGAAAGUAGGAAAUUCGAGAUCUUCAAACAGCACGAGCUCAUCCGAUCUCGACGAUUUGAAGAAACUUUCUGCUGGAUGUAUGGGGAAACUGCUGAUAUACAAGAGUGGAGCUAUUAAGUUGAGGCUGGGAGAUAUUCUUUACGAUGUUUCUUCUGGAUCAGACUGCAGUUUUCUUCAACAUGUUGUGGCAAUCAACACUGAAAAGGGACAGUGCUGCGAUCUCGGAGACAUCGGCAAACGUGUUGUUGUAACACCAGAUAUUAGUUCCCUUUUAAAUUCAGUGACUAAUUUGAGAUGAUUGUGAAGAAAAAGCCUGUGGAUAGAACAACCAACAAAAGAAACAACAAAGAAGGGCAAAUCCUUAAACGUUUGGGUGUGUAGUGAGGGUGCUCAUUUAGUAAGGAAGUUGGAAUGUCAAGUUCUUGUCUAAACUUUCUCCUUUGUUAAUUCUAUGGAAACAACGACAUAUUCAGUAUCUCUGAUUUCUAGCUGUGGAAUAGGUUUACCCGAGAAUGUUGAUAGUUGUAAAAUACUUUUUGUGUAUGAUCUUUCUUGAUGGUGUUAAUAUUAGGAUCCACACUUACCUUGCACGUGAA